CCGAGCCGGACCGGAACCGGAGGGAGUUCUGGGGGGACUUUUCUGUGGCUCACAGAGAAGAUGGAAUGCUUUGAAAGGACUCGGUGAAAGUUUGCAGUUCGGUUUGUGAUCAUGCACCGGAGCCGGCUGCAGCCGCCAGCCGCUUCCGGCUGCCUGUGACGGGCGGCGGGGGAUGACAGCAGCGCCGCAGCCGCUGAACAGUCUCAGCGCAAAAGCCGCAGCUUUCCAGUGAUUGCGCACACUGUGCGCCCUCCUGUCACCGCCUGGAGCGCACAAUCAUUUUCUCUCUAUUGCUGCUCGGACUGCGGCAGGAACUGGACCGGAACCUUCAACCUCCACAGACACAGCUCUCGCCUUCUUCUCUUUGUGAUGUCCGUUGGACUCUGAGAGACAAACCGCAGUGAGGUGGUCCAACCUGCGGCGCUCCGACCCACCAUGGGCACCGUGCUGUCUCUGUCGCCAGGCGCUCGCAAACCUGGUUAUUAUGACAACCACCCAGGCUCGCUCAGCCACUACCCGAGCCUCAGCAGCCGCUCCCUGAACAGCCAGAAGGAGCGCGGCCUAAGGAGAGGCCAGUCCAUCUUCCUGCCGGCGCUGACCUGGAAGCGGCUGGUGGCCUCCACCAAGAAGAAGGGGAACCCAAAGAAGGGGCCCGGGGCCGCCGGGGUCCUGGCCGAGCCCCUGAACAACAACAGCAUCUACCAGCGGGAUCAGGUGCUGCACCUGAACCGGGAGAACGUGAAGAAGUCCCUGUCCUGCGCCAACCUCUCCAGCUACGAGGGUCCGGCCGGACUGGGUCUGGGCUACGGACUGGGCCUGGGCCAUGGAUAUGGCUACGGCAAGCCGCAGCAGCUGUCCUCGGUGAAGAAGGUCCCCCAGGGGGCAUCCUCCCCGAAGCGCGUCAUCGUCCAGGCGUCCACCAGCGAGCUGCUGCGCUGCCUGGGGGAGUUCCUGUGCUGCCGCUGCUACCGGCUGAAGCACCUGUCCCCGGCCGACCCGGUGCUGUGGCUGCGCGCCGUCGACCGCUCGCUGCUGCUGCAGGGCUGGCAGGACCAGGCCUUCGUCACGCCCGCCAACGUGGUGUUCGUCUACAUGCUGUGCCGGGACGUGGUGGACGGCGACCUGGUGGCGUCGGAGCACGAGCUGCAAGCCAUCCUGCUCACCUGCCUCUACCUGUCCUACUCCUACAUGGGCAACGAGAUCUCGUACCCGCUCAAGCCCUUCCUGGUGGAGGCGGGGAAGGAGGCCUUCUGGGACCGCUGCCUCGCCAUCAUCGACGCCACCAGCUCCAAGAUGCUGCGCAUCAACGCCGACCCGCACUUUUUCACGCAGAUCUUCGCUGAACUGAAGAGCGAAGGCGGCUGCGGGCCUCAGGAUUACAGUCGGGUUCUGGACCGGUGAGAGGAAGCUUCAUCUCAAACGCUCCGUCCCCCAACGUCCCGGCUGCUUCUCUGCAUCGCCAAGCGGAACGAUGAUGCAAAAUUCACAUUUUCCACAUCUUGGAGCCUGCAUUUGUGUCUCACCUGCGUCUAAAAACAGCAAACAAGUUACAGUUUUUGGUGUCUGGAAAAUUAGCCGUUUCAAAAACCUCCAGAAUGUAAAGUCACAAAUCAACAGGCGCCGCCCUGUUACCUAGAAACCCAGGUUGAGCUCCAGUGCGUUUGGUCAGCUAUUUACCGCAUUAUGUGCUCUACAAUGGCUGCUGGAAAAGAUACAUGUUCAUUUCUUGACUUACACUGUAAAAACGCAAAAGCUUACCAUGUAAUUUUGGUCCAAUUUCACAAAUAUUGCUUAAAAAAGGGCAAAACUAACUUACAAGUAACUUUUAAGCAAGACAUAUUAGUUUGUUUUAGGUAAACGAUUCCUUAAUUUUGAGUAAAACGUACGAGUUCCACUGGAAAAUUUUUUUUAAUUAUUUGCCAGUGGAUUAAAACUUUCAUCACUAUCUAGGAAUUAUUUACUUAAAACAUGAUUCUGUAUCUUCUUCGAAAGUUAGUUUUGUCUUAGUUUAAGCAUAUUAAGAGAAUUAAACAAGAAGCAAUAAAUACUAGGUAAAAUGUUGUGUUUUUGCAGUGUACCAUCCAGAACUCACUUGCUGCAUUCUUGUUGUACAGGAGGCUCCACUUCUGCUUUUCAAAGAUGUAGGGUUGUAUCUGCACAUCUGUUUGUUCCCAUAUUUACAUGCAAGUGUAAAGCGAUGAGCUGGGGGGGCGUGGCCAGCAGCAGCUUAUUAGGAUUAAAGUGACAGAGACUCUAAAACAUCUCAAAUCAGCCAGAACUGAAAUCCCAUCAUCGAAGAAUAAUUUGCGCAGGUUAGGAUCUACUCAUAGAAGCACAAUAGGUCAACCUUAAACACACCUAAUGGUGACCAAGCUGCUUUACAGGGUUGAUCUAGAGAAAAGGUUCUGGUUCGGGAAAAGGGACGGAUGGGAGCAGCUGGAGGUUCUGUGGUGGGCGGAGUCAGAGCGGCGCUGCCGAUCCGUGUCGGCAAUGUUGGAGGGGAAGGCAGCCAGAAUCAUCAGCUGUUUACUCCACACACACACACACACACACACACACACACACACACACACACACACACACACACACACACACACACACACGCAUACACACACACAUACACACACACGCACACACAUACACACAUACACACACACACACACACACACACACACACACACACACACACACACACGCAUACACACACACGCACACACAUACACACACACGCACGCAUACACACACACACACACACACACACACCUACACACACACGCACACACAUACACACACACGCACGCAUACACACACACACAUACACACACACACACGCACA